AUGGCCCACUUGUUGAUGAACGAAAAAUUUGAUACCUCAACAUUUCUCGCCGGACUAGCUUUCAUCGAGAAUAUCGAGGAUUUUAUCAGCUUUUCCAUGUCAAUCGGGUCCAUUGGACGUAAGAAUAUCGUAUCCCUGGAGCUUCACUGGGAGAGCAAAGCGGGUAUAUUUUCAACUGUACGGAGCACUCGUGUCAAGGAAGAUCAUAAAAGCCCACAACUGGUUGCCGUCAGCCCUUGUGUCAAGGUACGCGGCACUCCUCGGAGAAUUUUUGAACUUGAAAAUAUUACAUCUCCGGUCGACGAUGGCAUGUUGAAUGCUGUGCAUUUGGAAUCCUUCAAAACCCACCCCAGAAAUCUUGAGCUUUGUUCGCUCAAAGUCGAAAGGGUUCAUCUAAACGGGUUUGAAUCAAGUCUCGACCGAAAUCAAGUCUCGAUCGAGAUGAGUUUAUCAAACGGCGCAAAGGAGCUUUGGAACACUCAUUAA